CCCUACAGCACCCCCUGCCCCCCUCUCCUCCCGCCCCAAGACGCUGAUCCACCUCCGGAGUCAACCCGAGACGCAGUGGUGACUUAAAAGUCUUUUAUUUGCUUUUUGUGUCUUGGAAGGGCGUGGGUGGGGAGGUAGAGUGAGGAUAGGCAGUCUGUAGAGAUUACACCAGUUGGGCCUUUUGCAGAAACCUAGCAGGAGAAUCAGAAAUGCCCUUCCCCUUUUAGAAUUUCCCAACCCUCGCCCGAGGCAGUUGCCUUAGGACGGAACCCCUCCAGGCCGAGCAGUCCCAGACGCGUCUUGUGCCGGUCCCAGGUCUUAGAAAUUUUUACAUCACGCCUUAUACCGGUGGUUCUGGUUUUUCAAGCGUGGAUGGAUCAGAGAGAACCCGGACCCAUCCCUCCCACACCGUCUUCACUAUAUAUGCUCUGGGUUUGUUUUAUUUAUUGAGAGUCGAGUUUAGACUGAGCAAAAAUCCUGAGUACAGGGCGGGAGGCUCAGGCAUGCUCAGAAAUCCUGUAAACUUAUUUAACUGAUAAGUAAAAGCCCUGACGGGUAAAGGCCAUCCUGGGGCACUCGGGGUGUGCGCAGGGGUCACGGGUAGGCCGAGUGGUGCCAGCGCCCGCAGCGCGGAAGUCUGGCAGCAGUAACAGGGUCGGUGUCGCCAGCAGCCUGCAGGGAUCUGAGCAGCAGAUUAUUGGGGUCACUCAGAGUGGAAAGACUGGUGGCAAUCCGGUGGUGGGAGCAUGCCAGGGCUAUGGAGGCAGAGGCUUCCUUCGGCGUGGGCUUUGCUCCUUCUGCCGUUCUUGCGACUGCUGAUGCCCGCAGCCCCCGCACCCCACCGCGGGUCCUACAAGCCAGUGAUCGUGGUGCACGGGCUUUUUGACAGUUCCUACAGCUUCCGCCACCUGCUGGACUAUAUCAACGAGACACACCCCGGGACUGUGGUGACAGUGCUCGAUCUCUUCGAUGGCAGAGAGAGCUUGCGGCCCUUGUGGGAACAGGUGCAAGGGUUCCGAGAUGCUGUGGCCCCCAUCAUGGAAAAAGCCCCUGAAGGGGUGCAUCUCAUCUGCUACUCCCAGGGAGGCCUGGUGUGCCGAGCUUUGCUGUGCGUCAUGGACGAGCACAAUGUGGAUUCUUUCAUCUCCCUCUCCUCCCCACAGAUGGGACAGUAUGGAGACACAGACUAUCUGAAGUGGCUGUUCCCCACAUCCAUGCGGUCCAACCUCUAUCGGGUCUGCUACAGUCCCUGGGGCCAAGAAUUUUCCAUCUGCAACUACUGGCACGAUCCUCACCAUGACGACUUGUACCUCAAUGCCAGCAGCUUCCUGGCCCUCAUCAAUGGGGAGAGAGACCAUCCCAAUGCCACUGUGUGGCGGAAGAACUUUCUCCGACUGGGCCGCCUGGUGCUGAUUGGGGGUCCUGACGAUGGAGUCAUCACUCCCUGGCAAUCUAGCUUCUUUGGUUUCUAUGACGCCAAUGAGACGGUCUUGGAGAUGGAGGAGCAGCCGGUUUAUCUGCGAGACUCCUUUGGGUUGAAGUCUCUCUUGGCCCGGGGGGCCAUAGUGAGGUGUCCGGUGGCUGGGAUCUCUCAUACCACCUGGCACUCCAAUCGCACGCUCUAUGAUAGUUGCAUUGAACCGUGGCUCUCCUGAAGAUGUCCUCAGGAAUUCCCCAGCCCAGAGACCAAGUGGUGGCCUUGGGAAGCAGAUGCCAGGCUCUGGCACGCCUGUGACCACCUCAUCGCCCCCACACUGCCCCACCCCACCAGGGCUCCCUGAAUCCUCCCCUCUGCUCCUCUGUGAAUGACAAGUCCUGGUCCCCUACCUCAUGUCCUCAUUUGGGGACAUCUCCAUGCGCCCUCUUUCUCCCAGGGCUGAGGUUGGGAAGUGGGCACCAGGUUUCUAACGGGCUUCACGCUGCUCCUCCUCCUCCGGGUCUGGCUGUACCGGAGGAGAGCCCAGCCCCUGCCCACCACAGGGGUCUCCUUCCAGGCCACUCAGGACAUUUUUAGCUUCUGUUACCCCGUGUUCCCUUUUCCUCACUUCCCUGCCGCCAGCCUCCCCGCCGAGAGGGACGCCCGCCCGUAAGAGGGGUUCUGCGGUUCCCCUACGGGGACGGUCCCACUUUUGACGUGUCAGUGUUGGGGAAUAUCUGUGGCCUGCAAGGCCCAUCUCAGGUUUGGGGAUCCCCCAGUCCCUAUGAUCAGUGUUGGGGUAUCCCCUGGGAGCCUAGGUUCUUUGAGGCCCCAGACCCUCUUUUAACUACCCUUGAGCGGGUGUUCUCUGUAUUUAUAGAAAUAAAGUUCCAUUUCCUCAUAA